AUGUACCCAAUUGAACAUCUACCCAUUGAGCUACAUCAGAACAUUUUAGACCAACUACACCCUAAAGAAUUAUCAAAGAUUAUGAAAGUUUUCAAGAGGUGGCGACCCACAUUUUAUCAUAAUUACAUCGUUAUUUCAAAUAGAGAAGAAGACUCUGAUUUUGCAAGCUGUCGAAAUUUAACAGAUUUGCCCGAUCCUGACUACUAUACUUAUCUUGAGGAGAUGGUAUCAAUUAACACUAAGUUGAAAACAUUUAAUGGUAUCGUGAUUUUGGAGUAUGAAGGAGAUAGUUUAUGUGGUAUCCAAGUCAUUGUAAGAAUAAUUCAACAAGCUUGGAUGGAAGCACAUUUAGAGAAUUUGAAGUUUAUGGUUUCAAUUUAUCAGUUUAAAGGUUCUCGUUCGGACGAUUUUCUGGGAAUCGUUUCUGCACUUUACAAUUUGACUAGUGGAAAGAGAGCCCCAAUAAUUUAUCUAAAUAUGGGACAACUUAAAAGCUGGGCAUUAACAAAUACUAGAUACAAUUUAAGUGCUUUACAACCAUUCAUUAAUGUUAAGCAUGUCUAUCUCCAUAAAUCAGAUUGUACAUUGAAAGGUAAAAUGUUUCCAAGAUUGGAUACGGUUAAAGUUAUACGGCCAACCACAUUUGAAAUUGACGAAUUACAAGCAUCACCUUAUCUGAUCUAUCUUUGUGGAAUACCGAAACCUAUUACAUUAAAUUCAUCUAUUUCUGAACACUUGGAAGAGUUAACUAUAACUUGUGAAUCAGCAAAUUAUGGGAGGACUACUUUAUUGAAUUGUGAAUUUCCAAAAUUGCGGACACUUACGAUAAAGGCAAAUUCAAACUUUGUUGACCCAUUAUCAUGUGUGAUUUCUAACGUCAAAGCACCAGUGCUAAGAUCGUUUCUUGUCCAUGAAGCUCAUGCUAUAGAUCUUUAUAUUGAAGAGUUUGAUGCACCAAAAUUACUAGAAUUAGACAUUACUACUCGUUCUUUGACAAUUAAAGGUGACAACCCAUAUUACUUCCCAAGUCUCAAUUCGUUCAGUCUUGAAAUUUUUGAUUUUGAAGAUAACAGAGGAAUCACUGGGUCUUUGAAUAUUGGACCAAAUAUUGGUUAUUCAUUUUUAGAAAAUUGUGAGAAUGGUGAAAUAUUUCGUAAUGCGCGUCAUAUCUUGGGAGGGUUGAAUAUGAAACGAAUCAAUUCACUUUACAUUGAAGUUGCUUCAGGUUUAGAUACACAUUUAUGUUCAAACAUCAAAUUUCCUUGUUUAAGCAUGUUGACACUAGGUUUAACGGGUAAUGGAGAAGUUGAGUUACCGACGUUGGAAGUGCCAUACCUAUACCAUUUUAAAGUCACAGGGCUCAAGCCUGUUGCAACAAAUUUGAAUGUUUUAUUGAACAAAUACAAAUCCGUUAGAAGACUUGAAAUUUGCUCAUUAAGUAAUAACAUCACUCUUGAAAAUAUUUGUCUUCCUAAAUUAGAGAGAUUGAGGAUUGAGAUUCCAAGCAGGAAGGAUUUCAGUAUGUUGGAUUGUCAAUUUAACAAUAUUGAUACACUAAUUGUUCAGGAAAAGAAAAAUACACUUUCAGAUUUUGAUGACUUCGAUGAUGAAUUCAAUUUAAAGGGUACAGGAGUCAACUUCAGCGGAACGUGUAUCGAGUCAUUGACCUCACUUUCAUUAGUAGGAUUCUUUGUCUUUGAUAUACCCAAAAUUAAUCCAGAUAUAGCACCAAAAUUGAGAUUUUUAGAAGUUGAUGGAGUCUCACAUUCAAGUCAUAAGUCUACUGGAACAAUCUGGAGUAAUAGAUUCACUGAGGCUAUCUUGAAUUCUCAUUAG